CAACUGCACUAUGUAUAGAAUCUUUGACACGAUACCAUCUAUAUUUAUAGGCCGUUCCCGUUAGGGACUUGUCAAUCGUGUGCAAUAAUUCGCGAAGAAAACAUGGCUCGGAAUUUGAAGAACAAAGUCGUUGUGAUCACUGGAGGUUCAGUGGGCAUCGGCUACGAAAUAGCUGACAGAUAUUUACAAAAAGGCGCUAAAGUUGCAAUCCUACUCGGCACCACUGAAGCACGAGGUUUGGAGUCAAGCAAAAAUCUCUGCACAAAAUACGGUGCAAACAGAGCUGUUUUCAUGAAAUGCAAUGUCACGAAAGACUUGGAUACCGUGUAUCCUAAAAUUGUAAGCACCUACGAAACUGUUCACGUUUUGGUUAACAACGCAGGCAUUCUCAACGAUCAGAGAAUUAGGGACACUAUAAAUAUUAACGUUCAAGCUUUGAUCGAUUGGUCGCUGAAGUUCUGGCAGUACAUGAGGAUGGACAAAGGAGGGAAGGGUGGCACGAUCAUAAAUUUAGCUUCAAUUUACGGAUACAGAGUCGACCAGUACCUCCCAGUUUACCAAGCUUCGAAGUUCGCAGUGAUGGGCUUUACGAAAUCCUUGGGACAUACGUACAACUACAAUAGAUCCGGAGUCAGGGUGUUGGGAAUCUGUCCAGGGUACACCGAUACUGCUCUGGUACAUGAUCUUAAGACGUGGGACGAUGAUAGCAUAGCUAAAGAUUAUGGCGUGUUUCUAAAGAAACAGCUUUGGCAGAAAGUGGAUUCGGUCGGUAAAGCAGCUGUUGACGUAUUCGAGAAUGCUAACAGCGGAACAGCCUGGCUUAUAGAAGGGGCGAAGCCUAUUGUCGAGGUAUAAGUGAUGAUAUUUGCUUUGUGUUGUCUAAAUAAUGUUAAUUCUUAUUAUUUAAUAAGUUAACUUUCUAAUUUUAUAAAUUUUAAUAAAUCUAAUGUGAUCAAACUCGCGUAAAGUGGGUUCCGAACGAUGUUACCUAAAACUGUUAUUAUAAAAUAUUAGGGCUCGUACAGAAUUCCUAAAUAGCAUUGUACCGUCGUAUUGUAAUAUGUAUAUUUAGUACAGUAUUUACAGUACCUAUAGUUUGUCAAUCUUGAGUGAUUUCAGUUUAAUAACGUGAUUUAUUAAUUUUCUUUACUGAAAGCAUUAGUUUCCACAUACGAUAUCUCGAACAACUUCGAAGCUAUUCAUUUUAGAAUUUAAAAGAAAUAUAUACUUGAGAUCCUCUUAUCAAA